AAUACUAAGCAGCAAGUUAGUCGUUUUUGUAUAAAAACCACUGCCAACAGCAAUAACAUUAUCACAUUUCAGUUUUCGUUCAAUCGAAGUAAACCAAACAAACCAAAACCACUCAAGAUGUUCAAAUUCAUUGCUAUCUGCUUCAUGGCUGUUGUUGCCCUUGCUGCCGCUAAACCAGGAGUUCUUGCCCCAUUGGCCUAUUCAUCACCUCUGGUAGCUGCCCCAGCUGCAUACGCUUCAUACGUUGCACCAUACGCAUCAAGCUACAACGCCCACUCCGUUGCUCACUCUGCUGCCUAUCCAGCUUAUGCUGCCGCUGCUCCAUUGGUUGCUGCUCCAGCUGCAUAUGCUGCUGCACCUGCUUUCGCUCCAGCUGCCUAUGCUGCUGCUCCAGCUUUUGCACCAGCCGCUUAUGCUGCACCAGCACCUCUGUUGUUGAAGUAAGAAGGAGAAGAAUUUGAACACUGAUUUUGGAACUAAUCUUAUAAUUUGAUCAACGAUAAAA